AUGCCUUAUCAAGCAGGUGAACGUCAAUGCUUCGUGCCUGUGGGUUGUAAAUGCUUCACAUGGACGCAGACGUACAAAAGCAAUUUGCGAACGCUGUGCACCUCUGGGCGUGUACCGGGAACUAUGCGACGAAGGGGGCUCGCCGCGCUGCAGCUUGUAAGGCAAAAGGAGAGGCACCGCGGGGGCUCACUUGGACGAUCUAGCUCCGGUGAAAAUAGCAAACAUACAGCACCGAAUGAAAAGACACUAGGGGGAGAAUUCAAAGAUGAACUCAGUUCCUCAGAGCGCCAAGUGACCAGCUGGGAUCGUCAGCGCACCGCGAUCUCUGUGGCAGCAGGUCUGCUUGUUGGCCUCAUUUUUUUCGGAACGAAGGGCACUGAUCGAGGAAUGGAAUACGUGGCAGCAUAUGUUGUCGAACAAAGUCUAUCAGUCGACAAUCUGUUCGUAUUUCUACUCUUGUUUCGUUUCUUCCGUGUACCGAAAAACCUGCAGGAGAAAGUUCUAAGCUAUGGAAUUCUCGGAGCGGCCGUGUUUCGAGCGAUAUUCGUGUUCACAGGUGUUGCGCUGAUGGAGCGUUUUCGGACAAUCAGUCUCGUUUUUGCUGCAAUUUUGCUCAUUUCUUCGGGACGUAUGCUCUGGUCCAGCUUCCAGGACUCCGAGGCCGACGAUGAAUCUAACGAGGAGGGCAUUCGCGAGAAUUUCAUCGUCCGCGCAGUGACCGCACUGCUUCCAGUUUCAGACGACUACGAUGGUGAUCGAUUUUUUACUAGUUUGAAGAAUGGUGCCACCACUGCGACACCGCUCUUGCUGGUUCUGGUCUGCGUUGAGCUAACGGAUGUCAUAUUCGCCCUGGACUCGGUACCUGCGUGCCUGGGUAUCUCACGGGAUCCGCUUGUUGUGUAUGUUUCGAAUUUGAUGGCGAUUGUGGGCCUGAGAAGCUGGUACUUUGUGAUACAGGAAGCCAUCCGCAAUUUCCGAUACAUUGAACAGACCCUAGCUGUGGUACUGGGUUUCAUUGGGUCCAAACUAGCCUUGGGAUACUUUGGGUACGAGGCUAGCACGACAAUCUCGCUGUCCGUGAUUCUGGGAACCCUUGCAGUCGGAUACUCUGCGGGUUUUGUUUUCUCAGGAACAAAUGAAAAAUCAUGA